AUGUCGGCCUUACCACCACAAGCAGACGCCUCUGCUGCACCCGCCGCCGCAAUUGCGGGUCCCAACGCGCCCUCGACGGCCGAGAAAUCCGUUUUCGACACUUCGGACCGCCUGGUUUUCGACACGAACGCGCUGCUGUCGAAAAUGGGCUUCGGCGACCGCGCGUUCGCCAGCGCGGCCGACCUCGUGGCCAGCGUGUCGUCCAUGAGCGUGGCGCUGUACGAGAAGCUGUUCCAGUUCCGUCUGCGCGACGUGGAGCGCGUGCCGCGCACUCGUCAGGACUACGAGCACAACGCGCAGCUCGUGGCGGACGCGCUGCGCAGCGCGCUGCUGGAGCAGAGCAGCGACGGUGACAGUGUGGAUGAGGAGCUCACGGGCCAGCGGCUGUGUGCCGGAGACUUGGGCAGCAUCCGCCUACUGCUGGGCAUGCUGGAGCAGGUCUACACGCUGCUGUUCGAGGAGAGCCAGGAGGUCGGCGACCGACUGCGAGACGUGAGUCUCGCCAGCCUCGGGAUGGCUACAACGGAGGUGCUGGCGGCCUCGAAGCGCAGGGUGCCGCCCAAGUUCGCUAAGAAGCAGAGGAAGGAGAGUCAAAAGACGGUGGACAGUGCACCGAAAAGUGGCGACCCGGAGAGGACGAGUCUGCGCGAGACACGGAUGAGUAAGGACGUUCGGAGUGGAAGGAGAAGUGCUUCUCAGUCACGGGUAGGGCAGAAACAGGAGGAGGUUCGAGUCGGACGCGCUGUUACUGCUAAGGAGGAGCUGCGGAGGAGGAGGACGUCGUCUUCGAGCGGGGCGAACAGGUCACGGCUGGAGGUUUCGACGACGAGAGCGGAUGCAAUUGCUGCGAACAACAAGAAGCGGUCUCGACUACUGGAGCAGUCGUUCAGGGCGAGUAGCACCAGCAGGGCGGAGCUUGCAGCCAAGGAGGCGGCGAGCAGGAAAGCAGCGCUGGGACGUUCCCGUGUUUCCGUAAAGUCGACGGCAAGCGGACAGAAGAAGCAGCAGGAGACUGAGCAGGAACUGCUGGAAACGAAGAAGUAUGGACGCUUUGUAGCCGCGGCAGGCAGUGCCAGCUCGGAUGAAGACAAGCCCAGCGAGGAGAGGCCCACGGAGGGAAAGCGGGGUGCGUUCUUCGAAGGAGUGUCGUCUGUUCAGCAUAACAGCGACGAGAGCAUGCACUUCAUGGAUGAUGAAGGCGCCUUCGCACAAAACUUUUCAUCGAUUAGCAUUGAAGAUGCAGAACCCGAGGCAACGGAAGGCGAACUUCGAGCAGAACCCGACACUGCAGAUCAAGAAAACGCCCAGCCAAACGAGAACGUUCCGCACAAGAAAAGCUCUAACCAGCAGGAAGCUGAAGAGGAAGACGGCACAACAUCAAGUCCCGUUAAGAAGAAGGUAGCGCGCGACGAGCCUCAUGCUCCGGAGCGGCCGUCUUCCACACAUAGGACAAGGCGUGACCAAUCUAAAUCGCUCUACCCGCUUGUCCCGAAGUCGAAGCAUGCCGCAUCGGCAUCAAAGGCUCAAGCCCAGUACCUCCGGUAUAAGUUGUCACUGAAGAACCACUUGCAGGAGCUGCGACAGCGAGAGGCUUCGCAGAGGCAGCACUUGGAGCGCGCGUACAAGUCGGGCGAGCACAUGGCGAACGUGGACAAGAUCCGAUCUCGUCGAUUCGAACAAGACGUGCGUCUGCAUCGCAUCGCCAUCGGACUGGAGGCCAAGAACGAGGAGGAGAAGCAGCUUCGUCAGGCGAUGAAUCACCUGCUUGAUCUGGAGAAGGAGAAGCUGAGGGAGGAGCACCGCAUGACGACUUCGGUGCUGAAGCAGAUUCAGAAGGAGCACGCGGAGCGCGAGCAGGCCAUGGAGAACUUCUACGCGAACCAGAUCCAGCUCGUCAGGGAGCAAACACGCCGAGAAGCCAAGGAGCGUGAGCUUGUGGAGAAGGCUCAGCGCUCAGCGUCUGAGAAGAUGAUGCGUGAACUCCGUCACGAGCGCGAGAACCAAUUGGCAGCUCUUCUGCAGGAGAAGCAGCACUUGGAGGAGACGCGCAGGUUCCGCCACGCCUCGCAGAUGGCGCAGCUGCUGGAAAAGACUGACGAGCGAUCGGCAAGGAGAACCGAUGCCUUCUACACUGCAGCAAUGAAGGCGCGUGAGCGCCACACCGUAAGAAAGCAGCAGACACAGUCACUACGGCGUACCAGCCUGGAUCCCUACCGAAGUGGCACGAAGCGAUCAACCAGGCUCUCGACAAGUCCCAUAAGAUAA